CAUCUGUGAAUUGUUCUGUUUCCCUACGGAGUGGUACUUGUUGCCGGCGAGACAACAAGAGACCUGUCUUAUCGUCUCAAAUGUCUUCGUUUUAGUUUCUCCACAGAUUCAGAUCCUUUAAUAAUUCGAUCGGAGCAUGACGACUCCUCCGGCGAGACCUCUCUCCGUCCACGACUGGGACGUCCUCAUCGAAGACUUCCAAGACUCCGGCGCUCCUCGCGACUGGUUCACCUCCGUCUUCUCCAUCGACUCCCUCGCCGACCUCGCCCUCUCCUCCCUCCUCAAAAAGGACCUCCCUUUACCUUCCAAACUCUCGAUCCUCGUCUUCCUCGACGAGUUCUCCGAGACCCUCUUCGCCGGACGCGGCGACGAGACAUUCGACCGCCUCGUCGACGCUCUCCGCGCGAUCGUCCAGUCUCCCACGGCGGACGGGUUAAAGGAGCAGGCUUUGAUCUCCUUCUCGUCGGUCCUCGCGGCGUCGGUCGAGUCUUCUCUCUCCUUGCGCCGCCACGUGGAGGCCGUCGUGGACUUGCUCCUCGCGCUCGUGAACCGUCCUAACCACGGGUUCGAUAGACAGGCACGUGCCGUCGCGUGCGAGUGCUUGCGUCAGCUCGAGAGAGCGUUUCCUGGUUUGUUAUCCGAAGUCGCUGGGCACCUUUGGUCGCUGUGCCAAGCGGAGAGAACGCACGCCGUGCAAGCUUACCUUCUCUUGUUCACCACAGUUGUUUACAAUGUCGUUAACAAGAAGCUGAAGGUUUCGCUUCUCAGUACUUCCGUGCCUUUGGUUCCUUUCAAUGCUCCUAAUUGGAUGAGGGAUCAGAGUCAGAGUCAAGGGUUGGGGCCGGAUCAGAAGGAGCUGAGGAGGACGCUGGCGUUUCUCCUGGAGUCUCCGUAUCUGUUCACGUCUUGCGCUAUGAUGGAGUUUAUGGGAAUGGUGGUGCCGCUUGCGUCUGCGCUGGAGUUGCAAGCGUCCAUGUUGAAAGUUCAGUUUUUAGGGAUGGUUUACUCGUUUGAUCCUAUGCUGUGUCAUGUUGUCUUGCUUAUGUAUACUAAGUUCCCUGAUGCCUUCGAGGGACAGGAGAAAGAUAUCAUGAGACGUCUGUUGCUUCUCUCCAAGGAGACUCAGAUCUAUCUUGUCUUCCGCUUGCUUUCGCUUCACUGGUUAAUGGGUUUGCUGAGUGGAGAGGUUGUGAAGAGGAAGUCUGUUUUGGAGAUGGGUCAGAAGUUUCAUCCUGGUGUAUUUGAUCCGCUAGGUUUGAAAGCUUUGAAGCUUGAUCUGCUGGUUCAGUGCUCUGUUGGUUUGAGUGGAAAAUCUUCAGGGGAGUUGUUGCAGGAGUGCUUGGUCUCUGUUUCGGAUUUCAAAUGGUUGCCUCCUUGGAGCUCAGAAACUGGUGUAGCGUUCCGUACUUUACACAAGUUUCUGAUAUCUGCUUCUACACACUCUGACUCUGACCCUUCCACCACUAGAAGCCUUAUGGAGUCUAGCCUCUUCCAAAACUUGCAGGGGUUACUGGUGGACAUGACUUCAAAGUUCCAAAUCUUGGUCCCUGUCGUUGUGUCUUUUACUGAGCGGUUGAUAAACUGUGAAAAGCAUCAGUGGUUAGGAGAGAGGUUUCUUCAGACAAUAGAUGAGAAACUUCUUCCCAAGCUCGAGAAAAGCUGUUUGUUAACACCUUACUUCCCGCUCUUCCAUCGGAUUGCGGAGAACGAUACAAUACCUCCUUCUAGAUUGAUAAAGCUCCUCACCAAGUUUGUCCUUACACUUGUUGACAAGCGCGGGUCUGAUGUGGGGUUGAGACUGUGGGAUCAAGGCACCGAAGUUCUUGGCGUCUGUCGAACGUUGUUGAGUCACCACAAGAGCUCUAGAUUGUUUCUUGGACUCUCUCGUCUUCUCUCUCUAAUCUGUCUCUAUUUUCCUGAUCUAGAUGUCAGAGACAACGCUAGGAUAUAUCUGAGGAUGCUGGUGUGUAUACCAGGAAGGAGGUUAAAGAACAUUUUGAAGCCUGCAGAUACAGUCUCUCCAUCAACUCAUUCAUCUGCUGCGUUCUUCACCGUCCAAAGUCCUCGUUUCCGUUAUGAUCCUAACAAAUCUUGGAACAUUUCAUCAUAUAUUCAUCUCGAACGUGUCACUUCCCUGCUAGUGAAACAGUCAUGGUCCUUGUCUCUACCAUCAUCACUAGGCGUUGGAAGCAGCAUUGUCGAAAGCAAAGUUCAGGUCGAUGAAGUUGAGCCGGAGAGGAGUCAAGAGCUCCAGCUUUUACCGGAGAAUUCUCGUAGGAUUGAAUCAGGAAAGCCGACGUUGAGAGUGAUGGAUGCAAAGGUAGGUGAGAUUCUCGAAAGGUUGAGGAGAUACUUCUCGGUGGUUCCUGAUCUCAGACACAUGCCUGGAAUCAAGGUGAGGAUAAACUGUACUUUGAGAUUGGAUGCUGAACCGUAUAGCAGCGUAUGGGGUAGUCAAACUCAGAGUCCUGAGUUAGAUAAUAAAGUGGACGCAGCACCUCCUGCUUUAUUCGCUACCGUGGUUAAAUUCUCAUCUUCAGCACCUUAUGGCUCUAUACCAUUUUGCCGCAUACCUUUCCUUCUAGGUGAGUGGGACAAGAAUGUACCCAACGAUGAAGGUUCUUUGGAGAUAGUCUUGUUGGGAAACACAACGAUAGAGGAGGAGAAAGAUGGCUUGGGAGGAGGAGGAGCGUCUGUGACAGUUGAACUCGAACCUAGAGAACCAACACCUGGUUUGGUUGAGGUUUCGAUGGAAGCGAAUGCAGAGAGUGGUCAGAUGAUUCAAGGGAAACUCGAGAGUGUUCCCGUGGGGAUCGAAGACAUGUUCUUGAAAGCUCUUGCCCCACUCGAUGAACCUGAAGACACAAUCCCAAGCUACUACGCAGAUCUAUUCAGUGCUUUGUGGGAAGUCUGCGGUUCAUCGUCAAGCACAGCACACGAAACGUUUGCACUAAAAGGAGGCAAAACCACUGCAGCAAUCAGUGGGACUCGGUCAGUGAAACUUCUCGAAGUCCAUGCAGAAACUGUUGUACAAGCCAGCGAGCUUCACUUGGCACCCUUUGUGGUAGCUAUCACUGGAGAACAGCUUGUGAACAUUGUAAGAGAAGGAGGAAUCAUCGAGAACAUUGUGUGGCGGGAGGAGGAAGAAGAAGAAGGAGGUCAGGGUACUGCUUCUUCAUCAAUGGGGGCCACAGGAACUAACAGAGACCCUCUACGUCUUACAUACAUAGGAUAUGGAGACGAUCAAGAGGUUCCGAUGAGUAGGAGUAGAGGGAAGUUGGGAAAGAUAAAGAUGCUGAUGUUUUUGCCUCCGAGAUAUCAUCUGCUGUUUGAAAUGGAAGUUGGGGAAGAGUCGACAUUGGUUCAUAUGAGAACUGAUUAUUGGCCUUGCUUGGCUUAUGUUGAUGAUUAUUUAGAAGCUUUGUUCUUGCUUUAAGAGAGUUUUUUUUUUACUCUCUUUUCAUUCUUUUUGUGUCAUCUACAGAAAAGUUUGUCUAAAUAAACCCAAACACACAGACAAAAACCAUAAGUGGUUGGUUUAUAUUGAUUUUUUUUUUUUAUAUUGGAGAUAAAAAGUGGUGAAUUAACUGUU